AUGAGGGAUUACCCUCCCCAACAACUCAACAGUGAACUCUGCAUAGCCUGUCUACCUUGGGACACUGUCCAACAAGAAACGACACAGUAUGGCGUGUCGGGUUGUGACCCUGAGAGCCCAUACUGCCCCCACAAAACGUGUGGCUCUGCACAUUGGAGGGAGCUAGUUUUCCGUCAGCUGAGUGGGAACGGAUAUGAUUAUAAUGAUGAAAACACAUCCUAUCUAGACGAGGACUUCGGUCAGUAUGCCCCAUGCGACGUGGGCGAGACCUGGAAGUUCAUCCGCAGUUUCGCGCCUGUGGCGUACAGCCUGGUGUUUGUGAUGGCACUAGUGGGCAACGUCCUGGUGCUGUGCGUGGUGCGUCGCUACCGGCAGGCCCAGCGCGGUCCCUGCUCCUUCUCGCUGACCGACACCUUCCUCCUGCACCUGGCCGUGUCCGACCUCCUGCUGGCCUUCUCGCUGCCCUUCUUCUCCGUGCAGUCGGCCGACUCGUGGAUCUUCGGCACGGUGCCCUGCAAGAUGGUGGGCGCCAUGUUCUCGCUCAACAUCUACUGCGGCAUGCUCUUCCUGGCGUGCAUCAGCUUCGACCGCUACCUGGCCAUCGUGCACGCGGUCAGCGCCGGCUGGCGCCGCAACGGCUGCCACGCGCGGGUGGCCUGCGCCGUCAUCUGGGCGGCGUGUCUCGGACUGGCCGCCGUGGACAUCCAGUUCCGCCAGGUGCUCCCCGUGGCCAACGUGCAAGUGUGCAAGAUGCAGUUCGCCCACGAGUCGUACAAGCAGAUCCAGGUGGGCCUCCAGCUGAUGAACCUGGCGCUGGCGUUCGCGCUGCCCCUGCUGGUCAUGCUCUACUGCUACGUGCGCAUCUUCCGCGCCCUCUGCCACGCCUCGCGCCGGCAGAAGCGCAAGUCGCUGAGGCUGAUCGUGUCGCUGGUGGUGGUGUUCGUCGUCUCCUGGGCGCCCUACAACGGCCUGCGGCUCAUCGACAGCCUGAUCAUGCUGGACGUCGUGGCGAAGGACUGCGACGUGAUGCACGCCAUCGACAUGGGCACGGUGGUGGCCGAGAGCAUGGGGCUGGCGCACUGCGCCCUCAAUCCACUCCUCUACGGCUUCGUGGGCAUUAAGUUCCGCCGCGAGCUGGCCCAGAUGUUCAAGGCGGCCAUGGGCCCCCGUGGUGGCAGGCAGGAGCUGGGCAGCUGGUGGCGAGGGUCCAGGCGUCGCACGGCCGGCUCCUUCAGCUCUGUCGAGACGUAA